AUGGCCGAAUCUUCACUCAACGGUACUUUUGGUGCAUACCUCAUUGGUGUCAUCGUGUCUGCAUGCUUGUUUGGCGUCACCUGCACUCAAACCUGGUAUUAUUUCACUCGCUACUCUGACGUUACCAUCCUCAAAGUGUGGGUGGCCGCUAUAUGGUUGGUAUUAACGCUACCAGCCAACUACCCGACUCUUACAGGUUUGCACAGGAUUUUGGAAGUUUUGCAUGUAGCAUUCCCUGGCCAUGCCAUUUACUAUUAUGUCAUACUACAUUACGGGGAUCCAGCCGCUCUAGCUCAAGCAAUUUGGACGCUAUGUGUCAACAUCACUGUCACAGGCCUUAUUGGUCUGCUUGUUGACCUAUUUUAUGCCCGACGGAUAUAUUAUUUGUCGAAUCACAACGUGCCCCUAUUGGCUGCCACCAUCAUUCUGCCAGUCUGUCGCUUCGGAACCAGCGUAGGUAUCACCGCGUAUAGCAUACAACUUAAGGACUUCGCUCGCUUUGAAGUCCAUAGUAUGACUAGUCUCGUUAAGGCUUCAGUGCCUAUCCACGUAGUGACAGAUAUACUGGUCGCGGGGUCGCUUUGUUAUUAUCUCCAUAGCAGUCGCACUGGGAUCAAACGUACCGACACGAUGAUUAACAGACUCAUGGUCUACGCGGUUCAUAAUGGUCUUAUAAUAGCGGUUGCGGAUGUCCUUGUCAUUGCCUUUAACACAGCAUACCCUGGCAAUCUUGUAUAUCUCGCAGUCUAUCAAGUCGUGGCGAACUUGUAUUCAAACUCCUUACUUGCUACGUUGAACGCUCGCCGACCUUCUAAGCCUGGUCCAUGA